AUGGAAGAUCCACUCUUUCACAACAUGGAGACCGGUGAUAUCGACCUUGAAAAGGUGCCGUUCAAAGACCGGAUCACAGUGGAAGCGAUGCAGAAGUAUCUUCAGGAAGGGGGUGACCUGUGCCAGCAGACGCCCAGCAGCGGCCAGUUUUUGGCCUGUCCUGCAGCCAAAGAUUGUGCAGGGAGCAAUGUAGCAGGCCCAGGUGGUGCUCUACCAAGUGGCUGGUUCUCAGGUGUCAGUGGAAAGAGCUGGGACUUCUGCGCUCCGGCACGCUCCGUCGCCUAA